GGUAUUUUUUUUUUUCGAAACAGGCACGCACUUGGUGUUUCCGUCAUGCACCAUUACACCACCUUUUCCACGUCUCUGACUCAAUUUCUCUUGUCGAGAUACUUUGCCUUCUGCGCGCUGUUUGUGUUCCUCUUUCUAGUCAUUGCUACUUAUAACCGAGACUACGUUGACUCAAUGCCACCGGAUCGCGAUCUAUCCAAGGAAAUAGAGGAGUACGCCGAAGUGUGUGGAUCUCUUACCUCUGAUCUCGAGGGCACCGGCCCCGAACGUUUCUGGAUAUAUUUCGUAACACCGACGUACGUACGUCCGCAACAAAUACCUGAACUGAUCCGGCUGAGCCAUACUCUGAAACUUGCCAAGAAUGUUCAUUGGAUCGUCGCUGAAGAUUCUACGUCAUGUUCUCCUCAGACUGCGGAAGUCUUACGAAGGUCUGGUAUGCCGUACACCCAUUUGAUCAGUCCCAUGCCAGCGUACUUCGAGCGAUUUUUGCGGAAACCGAAAGGGGUUUCAGGAAGACGGGCUGCGUUGCAGUGGCUCAGACACCACUUGAAAGAUCUAGAUUCCCAACGCGCGGGCAUUUUAUAUUUCGGCGACGACGACAACACCUUUGACUUGAAGCUUUUCUCCGAACUGAGGAAAACCAUGUCAGUGUCGAUGUUUCCCGUGGGGCUAGUCGGUGAUUACGGCAUUUCCUCGCCGGUAGUGAAAGAUGGUCGUGUUGUGGAUUUCCUGGACUCUUGGGCCGAUUCGCGUAAAUUCCUAGUAGACAUGGCGGGAUUUGCAGUCGCCACGGAUUUCCUUAUGUCGCGGCCAUCUGCUAUUAUGCCUUAUCUUCCCGGACACGAAGAAGAUCGCUUUUUACAAUCUUUGGACAUUGAACUUGAAGAUAUCUUGCCUUUGGCUGACAAUUGCACGCAAGUGUAUGUGUGGCAUACAAAAACGCUGGAACGAGACCGUGGUGUUAUCCAGCAUCCCAAGGGUUGGCGGACCUUGGAUACCAACUUGGGGAGUCUCUACGAAGUGGCUCGUUAUUUAGGACUCUCAGAUGUUAAUGCGUCGAGAUAA